AUGCUUUCCUCAGAAAAAGAUUUUGUUUCUACUCAAAAUGACGUUUCCGAGAGAACAUCCUCUUCUGCUCCUCAUUCCAGAAGCAGCUCAUGGAAAAGAAAGCACAGAGGUAGUACUCGAGAAGAAAGAAGGAUGCGCCGUUCGUCACGAAUGAAUAGUGUUAGCAUGCCUGACUGUUCUGACACUAGCAGCAAUAGAAAGGGGUCUACCUCCAGUAAAGAGUGCCCCUUCUGCACGGUGAGGUCAUUCAAGACGACUUCUAAAGGCAUCAUAGAUUCCGGUAGCUUCUCUAAAUCUUUCAGCGCCAAUAGUCUCCUCUCUUCUGGCAGUUUAAACACAGGCCACAUCAGUCAUCAAAAUAACAUUCAGAACAACGGCGGAGUGUCUGUUGAUCGUGCACGCAUUGGCAGUAUUGGAUCCAGUGACGGUUCUGAAGGGGCACCCAACGCUUCAGCGUCAUUAUCUUUCUACAGGACGUUGGUUCUCGGGUACUCGAGUGUCGGGAAAUCUUCGUUUGUUCAACAAUUAACCCAUUCAAACUGUCAAGAUGAUGAGGAUGAGACAGAUGCCCCGGAGAGCGGACAGACUGUUUCCGUGGAACUUGAUGGUCAUGAGUCUACAAUGGAGUUCAUCGAUGUUAAUGAUCUGUCAGAACUGGAGUACUAUAGAGCUGAUGCCUUUCUGGUGAUGUACUCCGUGUCAGAGCCGCCAUCUUUCACGUUCGCCAGCAACUUGCUCAACUACCUGCGACACGAACUGGGCACAGACAGGACAAUAUUUCUGGUGGCAAACAAGACGGACCUGGUCAGGCAGAGGCUGGUGCCCACGCUUGAAGCCAUGCAGUGUGCGUCCAGCAACGACUGUCAGUAUAUCGAGAUAUCAACAACUCUCAAUGUCAACCUGGACGAGCUGCUAGUCGGUAUCCUGUGCAGCAUCACUCGACAGCUGACACCUGUACAAACCACAGACAACUCUAGGAACACAGAAAGGCGCAGGUCUUCCAGCUCAUCAGAUAGCUUGCCUCGUUCUACCAGUCGCGCCCUUUUGGCUAUCAGUAACUUUUUCAGGCAGGCUUGCAGACGAGAACGCAGAAAACACGUCAUUCCUAUCCCUCAUUUUGUUUAG